CGAGGUCAUAAGUUGCGCUGGUCCUGGUCUCCAUGGUGACCAGAUGUUGCCUCUAAUUGGUCAGCUGUGUCAUCAUGUGACCAGCGUGGAUGUGAGCUGGAGUGGAGCGACAGACACGGGGGUGAAAGCUCUGAGUGACUGCUGGUCGGGGUUGCAACUAAAAUCUGUUGUCCUGAACGGCUGUCAUGUCACUGAUGACCCGCUGAUAAAACUCGUCAUUAGACACAAAGAAAGUCUGUGCAGAUUGGAGGUGUUUGGCUGUCAGUUCCUCACUCCAUCUUGUCUGCAGACAGUAUAUGAGACGUGUCCCGGCCUCCAGCAUCUAAACAUCGGACAGCUGCCAAAAGUCGACGCAGACAUUCUCACAGCGAUGACGUCGCGGCUCAAAUGUCUCAGUUCACUAAAUCUCACUGGACUACAGGUGGUUACUGAUGCCACGUUGGACACUUUGCUUCAGAACUGUGUCAAACUUCAGAGUCUAACCCUCAGUUGCUGUCCUGGAGUCUCUGACCUGACACUACACAGCAUCAGCAAACACACACCUUGUAUAAGAUCUCUGGAUGUGAGCGGCUGUAAGGCUGUAACAGAUGCAGGAGUUCAGGCUCUGGCUCUGGGAUGCAGAAGACUUCAGAAGUUGGAUCUCAGCUCGACUGGCACAGGAAACAAAGGGGUUAAUGUGCUGGCAAAUUACUGCAGCGAACACCUCCAUACUGUCAAACUCAGUUUCUGCCACAUCACCUCGGAGAAUAUACUGAAGCUCUGCAGACACUGCAAAAGGUUGAAGAUGCUCCAUCUGUACGGCUGUGUCCGUCUUCCCGCUGAGAGAGAGAUCAGAGAAGUUAACGAAACUGUUAAAGUUUACGCUUUGCCCUGAGACAGACAGAAACAUCUGCACACAACUGGACAGAUACACACAAUGUGUCAAAGAGCGAAAUUUAACCGAAUAGUAGAUAAUCCUAAAAAUAAUGCAGAUAAAGAAGCAAUUUCAUAACAAUUCUUGCUUUUAUUAUUUUUAUUCCUAAAUUUGCUAAAUUAGGC